AUGGAUAGGGACCAGGCCACGUCCGCGUCUGCACCUGCCAACCAAAAGGCUCCUGCGAAUUCGAAUCAGCAAGAUGACGGGAGGGAUGACGCGGAUCGAAAGAGGAAUAACAUCCGCAAAAGAACAAAGACUGGAUGCUUGACAUGCCGCAAGCGCAGGAUAAAAUGUGACGAAGGAAGACCGAUAUGCAACAACUGCAUCAAAUCCAAGAGACAAUGCGAGGGUUAUAACCAGCGAGUCAUCUUCAAACACCCAAUGGGCGCAAUACAGGGAGGCCCCUAUGGCCCUGCUUACUAUCCCCACGGGUCUGCGCAUCUUGUUGGUAACUUACAGCCAAAACCACCCUCGCAAGGUCUCUUGCCUACAAUUGCUCCCAAACCGCCUUCAUUUGACUAUAACGGACACCAACCAGCACCUUAUGGGCACUACGCUCACGGGCAAGGGGCUGCACAGACAUCUCCAAACCCAUACGACUUCAACUCUUCGGCGGCUGCCCAUCCAUAUGGCCAAGCUAACGGAAUGGUGGCCCCUGAGCCCCCAAUGGCAUACAACAGGGCACAACAGGACCCUCGAGACCAGUACGGUAUGCUCCCUGGGCAAUAUGGCCCACCAUAUGCAAUUGAUGGCCAGGCGGACCCCUUGGCUGCCAAGAAGGGAAGCGUGGAUAUGGGCAGAACCGAAUCCGAUCCGAGUAUCGAUUACGAAGACAUCGAUAUACCAGAGGAUGAUGCCUCAAUGGGCGAAUCGGAUGAUGACACACAGGAUCCUCGACAGGUUCUCGGACCUGUGAUGAAGCAAUUCAAUGGAACAUGGGACACGAACGGCACGAGAGUUAGGACCUUUUCGACGUUCGCUCAGUGUAACAUUCUGUCUGAUUACACAGCCACAGCCAGAAUAACGGAACUCAAGGACCCUGCAAUGCUGCAGAUUUUCAUGCACUUCAUCCAAGUCACGGGCCCGAGUAUGUCACUAUAUGAGAGACAUCCUUUUGAUCACACCGGCGAGAACUCGUUCGAUCCUACCCCUAAAGGCGCUAACAACCUGUGGAGUUACACCUUCCCCGUCAUAUCCCUGAACCAUCCCGCACUGCUUCACUCCAUGCUUGCCUUGGGUGCUUUGCAGAUAGCCAAGUUACAAAACAUACCAGCCACAGCCGCGAUGAAACACUACCACCUGGCGAUCCGAAGGAUAGCCAGAAAUGUAAACACACCCUUGAGACGAACACAGCCUGCGACAAUCGCUGCGACGCUAUUACUGUCAUACUUUGAGGUUUGGUCAUCAGACCAUACAAAGUGGUGCAAUCAUCUGCUAGGAGCGCGGAUCUUAUUCAGCGAAAUACCUCUCAGAAAUAUGUCGAAGAAAUUCCUCCCAGUUAAGCGUUUUAAGCAGGCGGAAAAGGAUGCACAAAACCAAAAUCAAAUGGACAGCUUCUUCCCCGGUCUAAGCAUACCAUCUCAGAGUGAACUCAACGAUCACGACUACGAUCUAUUACAAGCAAUUUCAGGCCAGAACAUCACAGCAGAGGACUAUGGGCUCGGGGAAAACCAAGGUAUUGAUCUAUCGGAUUCAGUAACCGACAGAGACAUCGAGCAUUACGAGAACGUACGAGAUCUAUUCUGGUGGUACUGCAAGAUGGACGUGUACCAAAGCAUACUGGCUGGUACUAGGUUAUUCAUGAAAUACGAGUCUUGGUCUCAGUGUCCACCUCGAGCACCAAUAUCGAAACUUGAAGCAAUAUAUGGAUCAUAUGACCACUUGAUGCUACUGCUUGGCAGACUCGCAGAUUUCUCCUCCAAAGACAUUGCGCGAAAGAAACGAGCGAGCCAAGCUAGAGGCCCGCCCCCAGGAGGCCCAGGAAGCUCACCACCGCCGUUCAAUGGUAUAGUUCCCACCGAUGGGAACUUCCAGGUCCCAAGAGGUUUCACACCACCAAAAGAGUCAUCGCCCCAAAGCGACUCUUCAGAAGAUACAGACUUGGAUGAAAGUUAUCGUGUCGCUUUGGAUGAAUGGGAGUCUAUCAAGCGAGGAUUCGAAGCAUAUGAAAGCAAACUGGGACCAGAGUUCCAACCACUCAAGCCUGAAUUCUCAGACAAGCGAGACUCGCCAUUUGGUAUGACCAUGCAAUAUCGAACGUUCUCUGUAGCAGGAAUCUGGAUGAACUUUUACAUGGGCAUGAUCAACCUUGUUCGCUGCCACCCCUCUAUGCCUCCUGCGGCGAUGCAGGCGGCUGGCAUGGCAGCAUCUCAGACGGGCCCCUAUUCAAACAAGCUGGGACGAAUAGCAGCUGGUUUGUCCGACGACGUUUCGCAGGCGACAGAAAUUACCACCCUUGUCAGUGCUGCAUUUAUUGAGAGCUGCUUCUGCCUCUUUGUGGCAGCGAUAGAGUAUCGAGAUGAGAAACAGCGCCAUUGGGUGAUACGCCACUUGCGCGACAUCACUCGGUUGACUGGAUGGCAAUCAGCAGAACGCAUCGCUACGGGAUGCGAGUCUUCUUGGAUGAAGGCAGCGCAGCUUGGCCGUGGACCUCCUUACAUUCGCGCCCCAGAAACCGAACCAGUGCCUGUCGCAAGAUGGCAGGCCCCGCGCCAAAUCGACCGCUUCAUCCAAGAAGUUGAGACUGGUGAAAUCCGACGCCAAAUUCAUGUACCCAAGACCGAGCGAGCUCAGUUUGCACUGGGUCUACUGAGUGUCGAAAGAGAUUUUGAGGCUCUCGACCUCAAAGAUGAUGAUUGA